AUGGCGACAAAGAAUGCGUUUAUCUUACUGGUGGCGCUGAUCGCAUGCCUCUCGGCAAAUGCAACGGCAACGAGGGACCUCGCCGUCAAAUCGGGAUUCACCGCUCCGGCGAGGGUCGAAACUGGCAGAGGUCUAAUGAAUUGCUUGGUUGCCCUGAUGGGGUUUCAAUUCUGCUCAAAUGAGAUUUUUCUUAUUCCACUCAGAGGCCAUGCGAAUCUCAGCCCCGUCUGCUGUCAUGCCAUCACCACCAUCGCAAACAAGUGUUGGCCUUCCAUGCUGGCUUCCCUUGGCUUUGAAGCUAAGAAGGGCAACAACGUCCUCCUGCAUGGUUACUGUGAAGCAGUGAGUAGGCAUGUUAAGGCUUCGGUCGCAGCUGAUUCACUGCCAAAACAACUACCUCGGACUUUUUAG